ACGCAGCGACCGUUGUUGUUACACACGAGGAUGUUUAACUGAGCAUUAGAGUGAAGAGAGAAUGUGUUUAGGGAUAUAAAGAGGUUUAUAACGUGCUUAUAAGUAUUUAUUAGGCAUUUAUAAGUGAGUUGGAUGAAAAUGAGUGAGUUUUCGUCUCUCGGUUUGUCGGACUGGUUAAUUAAACAGUGUAAACAACUGGGCAUCAGCAAACCAACUCCUGUUCAGGAAAACUGCAUGCCAGCAAUCCUCCAAGGUCGGGACUGCAUGGGCUGUGCCAAGACUGGAAGUGGGAAGACGGCGGCAUUUGUGCUUCCGGUUCUACAGAAGCUGUCGGAGGAUCCUUAUGGAAUCUUUUGUUUGGUCCUGACUCCAACCAGGGAGCUGGCCUAUCAGAUUGCAGAACAGUUUCGGGUCCUGGGGAAGCCUCUGGGUCUGCGGGACUGCAUCGUCGUCGGUGGAAUGGACAUGGUGGCUCAGGCUCUGGAACUUUCCAACCAACCACAUGUGGUUGUGGCGACGCCGGGCCGCCUCGCCGAUCACAUCCGCGGCUCCAAAACCUUCAGCUUGAGCAGGAUCCAGUUCCUGAUCUUGGACGAGGCCGACCGGCUGCUGGAACAGGGCUGCACCGACUUCACCAAAGAUCUGGAGGUGAUUCUGGGGGUUUUACCGGCCAAGAGGCAGACGCUGCUGUUCAGCGCCACCCUCACCGACACCCUGCAGGAGCUGAAGAACAUCGCCAUGAACAAACCUUUCUUCUGGGAGAGCAAGUCAGAGACCAGAACGGUGGAGGAACUGGAUCAGAGGUACAUCCUGACGCCAGAGAAGGUGAAGGAUGCCUACCUGGUCCACCUGAUCCAGACGUUCACAGACGAGCAUCACGACUGGUCCAUCAUCAUCUUCACCAACACAUGCAAGAACUGUCAAAUCCUCACCAUGAUGCUUCGGGAGUUUAACUUCCCUACGAUUUCGCUGCAUUCGAUGAUGAAACAGAAACAAAGAUUUGCAAACCUCGCCAAGUUCAAGGCCAGCGUCUACAAAAUCCUGAUUGCGACAGACGUGGCUGCCAGGGGUUUAGACAUUCCUACAGUCCAGGUUGUCAUUAACCACAACACCCCCGGGCUGCCAAAGACCUACAUCCACAGAGUCGGUAGAACCGCCAGAGCAGGGAGGAACGGGGUUUCCAUCACACUGGUGACGCAGUACGACAUCCACCUGGUCCACAGCAUCGAGGAGCAGAUCCAGACGAAGCUGAAGGAAUAUCCUGUGGUGGAAAAAGAAGUUCACAAAAUCCUCACCCAGGUCAACGUGACCAGACGGGAGUGUGAAAUAAAACUCGAGUCAACAGACUUUGAUGAGAAAAAAGAAAUCAACAAGAGGAAACAGAUGAUCCUGGAAGGAAAGGAUCCAGACCUGGAGGCCAAGAGGAAGGCAGAGCUCGAGAAGAUCAAGAGUCAGAAGAAAAAGUUUAAAGAGAGAAUCCAGGAGACAAUUCAGAGACAGAAACAGAAGCAGCUGAAAAAGAAACUGAUGAAGCGAAAACAAAUGAAAAAGAAAAAGGCGGAGGAGGCGGCGAAGUGAAAGCGUCUGCGUAAUUAGACCAAUGUACAUAAAUGUAGUUGAAUUCUGUGCAAUAUGUGAUAUUUUCAUGCUUGUGGAGAUGAAUCUGAACUGAAUUUCAACCAUAAAAACAUUUGCUUUAAGUCAAUAGCUUUUAUUGAUUCAGUUUAACAAGGGAAUCACCAAGAUGUGAUGAAACGUCACUGCAAAUAAGGAUCAAAUAUGUAUUUACAUCACAUUGAGAUCUCUAGUUCAUUAAUUUAAUGUCGGCCUUUCGGCGAAGAGAAUCACGAGUCUGGAUGCAAAUGUUCACUAGUCUACAACUGAAUCAGUCUCUGGAUGAUCACUGCACAUGUUGCAAUUCAUUGUGGCUCAGAAGAUGGAAAAA